AUGAGCCUCUCUGUGUUUGUGCCUACAAACACCCAAAAGGCGCGAACGACGGCGAUUAACGCGUUCGAGAGAAUGCUAGAGGUCGAGGGUGUGAGCAUGGAAUUGUUUCGUGCAAGCAUACAUACAGACCCCUCGGGCAAACGCUUGGCUGCCACAAUGGACCGCUUCGGCUAUUAUCUCGCCACUAAUGACGGUAAGAAAGGUAAGUUAGCUCGUAACACAGCUACAUCGUACUAUAGAAACGUCAAGCUGUGGCUAUUUGAUGAGUUUCCACACCUGCGUUUACCCACGGAGAUGAACUUGUUAAAACAAGAGAAAACUCUAGAUAAGCACUGCUUAAAACGUGAGAAAGGAGGACUCGUUAACAGAGCGCCACCAUGUACUAAAGAGGCCUUAGGUUCUGCAAUUCGCUAUGUCUACAGCACAGCACGUGUCAACUCGGACUACCAAGAUGCUGCGCUAGCCUGCCUCAUG